CGCCCCUACGCCGCUCCACCGGCGCUACAUUCCCCUUAGCCGAGCCGCCAAGCACGAACCCCUCCAACAUUAUGUCGACGUUAUCGAUUGUCUGACGUACGAUAAGUGCCGACCCGUACUCUACCCUUGCGGGCGAAUUACCCCACCAUUAGACAGCUUCGGCAUAAAAGCACGGCGUCACCCAUCAACACAACAAAACCCAUCUAUUUAUUCCGCUCAUCCAGGAAAUUUUAACCUGACGAACAAAAUGGAUUCUAUGGUAGGAACUACGGGCGGGCAUUUCUCUCCACAUGAGGGCAAGCCCAUCACUUGCAAGGCUGCUGUGGCAUGGGAAGCCGGGCAACCCCUUACUAUCGAGGACAUUGAGGUCGCUGCGCCCAAAGCCAACGAGGUCCGCAUUGAGAUCUACUACACCGGUGUCUGCCACACAGAUGCCUACACCCUCUCUGGCAAGGACCCCGAGGGCGCAUUCCCCAUCGUCCUUGGACACGAAGGAGCCGGCAUCGUCGAGUCCGUCGGUUCGGGGGUCACCUCCGUAAAGCCCGGUGACCACGUCGUAGCACUCUACACACCCGAGUGCAAGGAAUGUAAGUUCUGCAAGUCUGGCAAGACGAAUCUGUGCGGCAAGAUCCGCGCGACGCAGGGUAAGGGCGUGAUGCCCGACGGCACCUCGCGCUUCACCUGCAAGGGCAAGGAGCUACUCCAUUUCAUGGGCACGUCGACGUUCAGCCAGUAUACCGUCGUGGCGGAUAUCUCGGUUGUGGCGAUUACGCCGUCGGCGCCGAUGGAUAGGACGUGUCUGCUUGGGUGUGGGAUCACCACCGGGUACGGCGCGGCGGUUGAGACGGCAAAGGUGCAGCCUGGUGACAGUGUUGCGAUUUUCGGCGCCGGGUGCGUUGGUCUGUCUGUUAUCCAGGGAGCGUUGAAGCAGGGUGCGGGGAAGAUCAUCGUGGUGGAUGUGAAUGGGUCGAAGAAGGAGUGGGCUGAGAAGUUCGGCGCAACGGACUUCAUCAACCCCAAUGAUCUGGGCAAGACGACGAUCCAGGAUAAGCUGGUGGAGAUGACGGAUGGUGGGUGUGAUUUCACCUUCGAUUGCACGGGGAAUGUGCAUGUGAUGCGUGCGGCGCUCGAGUCGUGCCAUAAGGGGUGGGGAACCAGCAUUAUCAUUGGCGUCGCGGCGGCGGGCCAGGAGAUCGCUACGAGACCAUUCCAGCUUGUCACCGGCCGCGUGUGGAAGGGCUGCGCGUUUGGUGGGAUCAAGGGCCGCACUCAGCUGCCUGGGUUGGUGGAUGAUUAUAUGACUGGCAAGCUGAAGGUGGAUGAGUUUAUUACGCACCGCAAGACGCUGGAGGAUAUUAAUCUGGCGUUUGAUGCGAUGAAGGGUGGGGACUGCAUUCGCUGCGUUGUGAAUAUGCGGGAGGUUUAAACUGGGGAAGGGGGUGAUGUUGGACUAAAAUGAUGUAUCAUGAGUUUCAUUAGAUGUCCCUAGGAUGAGAAAAUAGCAAAAC